AAACCUCGACCACAUCAGUUAACAUGUACAACCUCAUACAAUCCACGGCAACCCCUCCCAUAAAUAGAAAAGAGAAAGCAAAGAGAAGCGAAACAAAUAAUAACAGCCCAUGAAUCCCCACACAUACGCCACAAACACCAUUCAUCUCCAUCAUCCGACAGCUCUAUCUUUAGGUAUCUUACCUGCACUAAUUCUAAUCGUAGUGAAGGGAAUUGUGCAUGUGUGUGUGUCAAGGUUUUUCGCUCACCUAAUAAAAAUGAAAAACCCAGUCCACAUCUCCACCAACCCUCUGAAUACGCAUUCAAGAAGGCCACCUCUCAAGAAUACCGUGUCGAUAAUCUUCACAUUGAAAACCCGUCUCGCAUCAAAAUGCCCGUGCAAGAAAAAUAAAACACGUCGAAGAAUUCCAUGUCGGUUAGGAAUCCACUAAGCUCUAGCAAAUCAACGUACAUUCACCUGAACUCCAA